CCUGUGACAUCAGAGUGAUAACUGUCAGUAUGAAAUGACUCUCUGCUAGCUCGCUCUUUCACUCCUCACCUCAGGGGUGUUUGCAGCUGUUUCAGGGUGAUACUAUUUAAUCACGACCUGACAGGGCAGAGGUGAUGUGCUGUCGGCUGAUGGAUUCUCCACUGAGGCUGAAGCUGAUGGUGCUGGCUGCAUUCCUUCUCGCGUCUACCAGCAGCGUCUAUGUGCAUGGAAACUCUACAGCGACAGAUGUGAAAAUUGACCUUAACUGUGUGACCGACUUCAUGCUGGUCAUCAACUGCUCCCUGAACAUGACACCUCCAGAUAAUGACCCGGACAUCAUCUCCUCCUGGCUGGCUUUCCACCUUGAGGAGUAUGAAGACCCCAUUCAGAAGUAUGUCUGUGUGCUGUCAAAAAUGAAGGACGGCUUUUAUAUCUGUUCAUUUGACAAAUCCCACCAAAAAUCCGAUUCUGGAGGCUACUUUGGUUAUAUGGAUUACUUUGACAUCGGCCUCUGUCACAACAAAAGUAAUGUCUCUGAGAGCUGCGAGGUGAUACUACGGGAAUUUCAACCAAGGAAAAACAUUAAACCAAAUGCGCCAUGCUGCCUCACAGCUAACCAGUUACCCUCUGAUGAUUACCAGUUCACCUGGAAAGACGGCAAUAUGAACCCCUAUCUGAAAAACAAGCUGACAUAUGAAUUUCAAUAUUAUAUAACAACCCGCAGAGAUGAAGUGAAAACAUUUACUGAAAUGAGGAACAACGUGACAAAGGACAGCGAUGAUUUUCUGCCUGGUACUGAGUACGCCUUCAGGGUGCGGUCCCAACCUGAAAGUGAUGCCUGCGCUAGAUGCUGGAGUGACUGGUCGCCUGAAGCUAACUGGAUGACAGCCAGAAAGGAUCCACUUUUCCUUGGAGUGGACAAGAAGGUGUUCAUCCCCUUGUGUCUGGUGGUGCCACUCUUGUUACUUGUGUUCUACGUUCCUAUUAAAAAGUGUAAGCAAGGUGCCUUUAUCCCAACGCCAGCACCCUAUUUCCAUUCCCUCUACAGUGAUUGCAAGGGAGACUUCAAGAGCUGGGUGGUGACACCAAACACGACAAACAUGCUAAAAGCAGAGGAGACCAUUCAGAUUGACACCAUGACCAAGUGUGAGGAUGAGCCAGAGGAGGACCGUCCUGCACAGUUCCACCACCAGCUGAAGGAGGAGGGCGCAUAUGGAAACCUUUCUGCCCCAGCUCCCGAUGCCUCUCUCCUGGCCAUCCCAUACACUGUGAGCCCUGGACCUCCACUGUCAGCUUCAGGCAACCCCCUCAAGGACGGGUCCACUGUCUCUGGGCUGGGGAGCACUGUGGGAGACUCGGGGUGCUGGCUCUGCAGCGACACCUCUCUUGACCGAGACAUUCCUUGGUACAGCAAUCAGUACUGCACCCUGAGCGCUUUCCAGCAGUCUGGUUCAGUCGUGGCACAGCACCACAGUGCAGGGGGCUCGCUUGGCAAAGGUACAUCUAUCUUGGAUUACCAGAAUAGUUGCCAUCAGGAAUAUUUUGGUACAUCUGACAUUGAAAACUAGUUGGUAACACAGUAUUUCAUUGAGUAAUUAUACUUGCUGUGUUGGGAAAUGUAGAGAUGUCAUUUGCUUGCACACAACUAAGCAGAUUACUUAUAGUUCACUUGGUAAUAUCUUAAAAAUUCACCACAGAUUCAUAUAAACUCAAGAAUGCCACACCUGCUGAAUGUUUCUUGUGCUAUCAAGCAGACUGCAGUCUAGAAAAUUCAUUUAUUCAUAGCACAGGCUGUUGCUUUCGUAAUUGUACUGUAAAUACAUACUAUGUGAAUAUUUGA